GCGUAAAGGUAAAUGAUGGAGGUAUACUUCAGUUUUUGUUUUUCUUUUAACAGAUUCCAAUGAGGUGACAAGAGUGCUUCACCAUGAUGUGGGCCAAGCCCAUGGCAUUCGGUGUAAUGCUCUUUCUGUUCUGGAUUGCAACAAUACAAGCUACAGAUCUUGAUCUUGAAUUCAGAAAUGAACCCAUCUCUCAGCUAGUGAAUAUCAGUGAUGGGAAGACUGUUUUCCGAUGUAGUGCCUCACCUUCAAUAGCCCAAAUUCAGUGGUUAUACAAAGGACAGCCUGUGCCUCAUAAUCGCUGGAUCAAAGUAUCAGACCGCAAACUCACAGUGCAUUUGGGGCGGAUGGAAAAGGGCUCAAGGUUACCACAUCAUUUAGAAAAUGGUUACUUUCAGUGUGAAGUUAGAUUAAAAGGAAAAGUUCUAGUCAGUGCUCCAGCAAAAUUAAUUUUAGCUGCUGUUACAUUCCAUUACGCUGCCAGAAUCCAAAGCUCGUGGCGUGGCAACACUUGCUGUGAGAUCUUCAGUUCUACGCUACUUUGGGAAAUAACAUUCUUAGAGACAUUUAAUCAUUGUAGUGCAUCUUAAAUUUAUAUUUAAAUUAAAAUUAUACAUUGCUUAUUUAAUUGAUUUAAUAUAGUAAUCAGACUUCUUGACAAUUGAUAUUGAAAUUGGUCCAUGAAUUGUGUGUAACAUAAAUUCCUAGUGCUCUAUUUAUUUUUUAUAUUAUUUUUACUCACCUAAAAAAAAAAAAAAAAAAAAAAAAAAAAAAAAAAAAAAAAAAAACUCAUGAAAAGUUGGAUAGUUGAGAUUUGUAUAUGCAUUUUAAUAAUAUCUAAUCAAUGUUAUUUAUAAUAGUAGUUAUUUAUAAUUUAUCGAUUGUAGGCUUCUUCCAUUUGUAGGUCUCCUACUGCAGUAUGUUUUAAUCCAGUUAAUGGCUAUGUUUUAAACAUGGGAUAUCAAGCAUUUUUAAAAUACUUAAUGAAAUUUUGGUGGCAUCUUGUGAGAGCACAUGCAAUAUGCAAUUUCCUUGUUAAUUUACAAAUGAAAAUUGUCCCAAGAUAAAUGGAGCAUUCAACCCAGGAAAGGAUUAUUUUAUGGAUUUUGAAGUGCUAUCAAUUUUCUUUUUCCUUGUGAAGAGUUCAACAGUAAUUGUUUUUACAUUAAAUGUAAUUUUUUAUUUGUUGUGUAGCUUCUAAUGUAUAAAUUUGUAUUUGCAACAAUUUAUAUGAAUAGACUAAGUGAUGCUUUUUAUGUGAGAAAAAUCACAUUUUUUCAUCUGCAGAAAUGGCUAUAUAAAUAUAUUAUCACAAUGAUAAGAUUGCGAAGACAAACUAAUUGGUGCAACUUUUUUUGAUUUGGCAUGAUUUAAAACUGUUUUGAUUAAUGAUUACUUUGAUACUGAUGGUCGACUGGUUGGAAAACAAACCAUCUGUAACAUCUUAUGGAAGGGAGAAAAAUCUUGUGGCAGUGCC